AUGAAUAAGCUACACCACCAGCUGGGUGCUCACGCGCCGCCUCUCCUCGCCUUGUACUUCGUUUUAAUUAGUUUCCUCCUGCUGCAGAUUGCUCAAGCUCAAGAUACCAGAAAUGCCACCACUGAUCCUUCCGACGCAAAAGCUGUAAAUACUAUGUUUCAGCGAUGGGGAAUUUCUGGAACAAAUCAACAAUGGAACAUUAGCGGCGAAUUAUGCAGCGGUGUUGCAAUCGAUGAAACAGCAAUUGUGAAUUUCAAUCCGGGUAUCAAAUGUGAUUGCUCUUACAACAAUGGCACCACUUGCCGCAUUACUGCGCUGAGAGUUUAUGCAUUGGAUGUUGGGGGUUCAAUCCCGAAUGAGCUCUGGAAUUUGACUUUCCUUGAUGAUCUAGAUUUACGCCAAAAUUAUUUGACAGGUCCACUGCCUGCAUCUGUUGGAAACCUCACUCGCAUGCAGUAUUUGAGUUUUGGAAUUAAUGCAUUAUCGGGGGAGGUUCCGAAGGAACUUGGGAAGUUGACAGACUUAAUAUCUCUGGCUUUUGGCACGAACAAUUUCUCUGGUCCUCUACCGUCUGAGCUUGGAAGUUUAACCAAACUAGAACAACUUUACUUUCCUAGCUCUGGAGUUAGCGGUCCAAUACCUAGAACAUUUUCUAAUCUAACGAGUUUACAGACAGUGUUGGCCUCGGACAAUGAACUUACUGGUCAGAUUCCUGACUUUAUUGGGAGUUGGUCAAAUCUUAUUUCCCUGAGGUUUCAAGGAAACUCCUUUCAGGGACCAAUACCACCAUCGUUCUCCAAUUUAACAUCUUUGAAUGAAUUGAGAAUAAGUGAUCUAUCUAAUGGAAGCUCUACACUGGACUUCACUAGAAGUAUGAAGUCUUUAGCCACCUUAGUUUUGCGGAAUAAUAACAUUUCUGGUUCUCUACCUUCCAAUUUUGGUGAAUACCAGAGUUUAACACUGCUGGAUUUGAGCUUCAACAGUUUGACUGGGCGCAUUCCAGAUUCUCUUUUCAAUCUGAGUUCACUCUCUAACUUAUUUCUUGGUAAUAACAAGUUUACUGGUCCCCUGCCAGCGCAAAAGCGUCCAUCUCUCCAGAACAUAGAUUUAUCAUACAAUGGAUUAUCUGGGAGCUUUCCGUCUUGGGUCAGCGGACCAAAUUUACAACUCAAUUUGGUUGCCAACAACUUUACCAUAGACAAUUCUAAUGGCAGUGCUCUGCCUUCAGGAUUGAAUUGCCUGCAGCAGAAUUUCCCCUGCAAUCGAGGAUCACCUAUCUAUUCCAGCUUUGCAAUUAAAUGUGGCGGUCGACAAAUUCGGUCUUCAGAUCAAAUUGUGUAUGAGAUGGAUAAUGAGACUCUUGGUCCUGCAACACAUUACAUGACCAGUACAAACAGAUGGGCAGUUAGUAAUGUUGGUCUGCCUUCUAAUAGCAACAACCCACAAUAUAAAAUCUCCUCUUCAUCCCAAUUCACUGCUACUUUAGACUCAGAGUUGUUUCAAACUGCACGAAUUUCUGCUGGAUCUUUGAGAUACUAUGGAUUGGGUCUUGAGAAUGGUAAUUACACUGUGAAACUUCAGUUCGCAGAAAUCGGAAUUCUAGGUCCUAUGAGGUGGAUGAGUCUUGGAAGGCGGGUUUUUGAUAUAUAUAUCCAGGGGAAGCUGGAGUUCAAAGACUUCGACAUAGUAAAAGAGGCUGGUGGGACCCCUUUGAAAGCUGUUGUGAAGGAAUCAAAAGUUCGAGUGUCUGAAAACUACCUUGAAAUCCAUUUCUUCUGGGCUGGAAAAGGGACUUGUUGUGUUCCUACUCAAGGUACAUAUGGGCCUUCAAUUUCGGCAAUAAGUGCCACCCCAGAUUUCUUUCCCACUGUUAGAAACAGUCCUCCAAGUAGGAAGAAGAAUAAGACUGGUCUGAUUGUGGGGAUUGUAGUUGCAGUCGGAGCUGUAAGUCUUCUAUCUGUAUUUGCAGCAUAUUAUUUGGCUCAGAGAAGAAACAGGAAGAAGAGCUAUGAGGAUGAAGAUUUCUUGGGGAUGGAUGCCAGACCAUACACGUUCAGUUAUGCGGAGCUAAGAUCUGCAACAGAUGACUUCAAUCCAGCUAAUAAGCUUGGAGAGGGAGGAUUUGGACCUGUGUACAGGGGAACACUUGAGGAUGGAAGAGUUGUUGCUGUUAAACAGUUGUCUAUUGCAUCCCGUCAAGGAAAGAGUCAGUUUGUUGCAGAGAUUGCCACUAUUUCAGCUGUGCAGCACCGUAACCUUGUGAAAUUGUAUGGAUGCUGCAUCGAGGGAGAUAAACGGUUGCUUGUUUAUGAGUAUCUCGAAAACAAGAGCCUUGAUCAAGUAUUAUUUGGAGCAGGGAAUAGAAGUUUAACUCUUAACUGGCAAACACGCUUUGACAUAUGCUUGGGAGUAGCAAGAGGACUUGCUUAUCUGCACGAGGAAUCUCGACUUCGAAUUGUACACAGAGAUGUUAAAGCUAGCAACAUUCUGCUUGACUCUGAUCUGAACCCCAAAAUUUCAGAUUUUGGUUUGGCAAAAUUGUACGAUGACAAAAAGACCCAUAUAAGUACCCGUGUUGCAGGAACAAUUGGGUAUCUUGCGCCGGAGUAUGCCAUGCGCGGACGCCUUACUGAAAAGGCAGACGUAUUUAGCUUUGGAGUUGUAGCCCUAGAAAUCGUCAGUGGAAGGCUAAAUUCUGACUCAAGUUUGGAAGACGAUGAGGUGUAUCUUCUUGAAUGGGCUUGGAAUCUUCAUGAGACAAACCAAGAAAUGGAACUUGUUGACAGGACAUUAUCCGAAGUGAAUGAAGAUGAAGUGAAAAUAAUUAUAGGAGUGGCUCUUCUGUGCAGUCAAACAUCCCCCAAUUUGCGGCCUUCAAUGUCCCGUGUGGUGUCGAUGCUUUCUGGAGACGUUGAGGUGCCCCCUGUCACUUCGAAGCCGGGAUACCUGGCGGACUGGAAAUUCAGUGAUGCAACCACCUUUAUGUCAAACAGAGAUAGUUCAACUUCAAGAACUGAUAUUAGUCAAGACAAUUCGUCAAACACAAAUAGCAGGGCAACGUAUCCAUCUUAUUCACCUAUCCCUGAUUCCAAACCCAUUCUUCAUGAGAUUAUUGGGGAGGGCAGGUGA